AUUAUGAAAUCUCCUUGUUAAGGCACAUUUUAGAAAAGUAUAGUUACUGGGUAUCCUCAUGUCUAAUGCACCACUGUGAUCUAAGCCACCUAUAAGGAAGAACUUGGAUUUUGGUUUUUAAAAAAAGUAGUACCUGAAGUUAAAAAAACGGGUUGUCUACUGUCACUGGAUUCAGAUCCGGUCUCUUUAGAUUGUGUGAGAUGUUCUAUACCAGGCUGUGUCUAAAUCUGUUUUUCCCCAAGAUAGGUAUCCUGAUUACCCAGUCAAAUGUCCUGUGACCAACUAAUGAAUUAACAAAUUAGGAUGCACACUUUACCUACAGUAUAUGUGUUCAAAGCCCAUUACAUGUGGUACAUUUUUUUGUUUGUGUGCUACUCUACGGAAGAAUAAACCAGGGCACAGAGGUAAGUGAUGAGGCUGUUCAUGCAGAUCAAGAAACAUUUCAUAGCCCAAGCACAUAGUAAUCCCUAACAUCUAGCAUCCCAGUAUCUGCCUUCAAUAGGUCAAAACUGCAGAGAUCAGGACCCUGUAGUGACUACCACAGAGGGCAAAUGCCCAGGGCAUUACUUCUCAUCUACCUACAGACAUUCAGAAGAAUGAAAGGUUAGAAAGCUCACAGGCUUCUAGUCAGAUCAGCGCUUCUGAGAAUGGGAGAGAGACACUGCAUGGGGAGAUGAGGCAGGGGUUUUUCACUUAGGCUUUUGCUAUACAUGGCUCUUUCCAGUAUUCUCUAUUGUCAUGUUGCCAUGAAUUUAGACUUUACCUACACAGUCCAUGUGUUGCUUAACUGAUUCAGUGAACCUCCUGAAGCUCCAUUCUCACUCUGAUGACUGUACCUGGAAACAAGCCAUCAGAUCAAAUGGAAAAACAUACAACAAUUGUUAGUUUUUUCUUUUUCUGUCACGAGGCUGACAUGACUCCCUGUUAUAAUGCAUUCCCAGUUCCUGAAUUCUUAAGGGAAAUUUGUCAGGAGCAAGCUGUUGCCCCUCAGGAUGUGGAAGGACCUCCCGUCCCUGAAGGACCUUCUGCAGAAACAACACCAAUAAAAAUGGAAGUGUCACCUGAAGAGACACAAGUGAAGGUGGAGGAGGUGGAGAGUCAAAGUUUUAGUUGUUUUACUUCAAUCUUUAAAAGAUUUUAUAAGAAGAAGUCUGUCAUUCCUGAAGUUAUGGAGGAACCUCCAGCUGCUCCAGCUGCUCCAGCUGCUCCAGCUGAUCCAGAUAUUGUGAACACAUCUGAAGAAAUAUUACAAACCCAAAAGAAAGAUACUAAGAAUGCUCCUGGUAUUAAACCGUUAUUUUCUAAAGAUGAAGAGUUUGACCAUCCUAAUGAGGGAGCCUUGGAAGAACACCAAAGUUGUGCUUCUGAAAUGGAACUAUGGGAGCUGAGGAAAUUACCAAGUCCCUUAUGUCCAGAGAUACGAGUGCUGUACCAAGCCCCACCUCAAUCUUCAGAUGAAGAUAUGCUUGAAGAGGAGGAGGAGGAGGAGGUGGCAGAGGAGGAGUCAGAGGCAGAGGAAGAAGAGGAGGAGGAGGAGGUGGUAGAGUUGGAGGCAGCAGGGGAAGAGGCAGAGAAGGAGGAAGAAGAGGAGGAGGAGGAGAAGGUGGAGGAGGCGGCAGCGGCGGCGGUGGCGGUGGCGGUAGCGGUGGCGGCAGCGGUGGCGGCAGUGGCGGAGGAGGCAGAGGAAGAAGAGGAGGAGGUGGUAGAGUUGGAGGCAGCAGGGGAAGAGGCAGAGAAGGAGGAAGAAGAGGAGGAGGAGGAGAAGGUGGAGGAGGAGGCGGAGGAGUCAGAGGAAGAGAGAGGAGGAGGAGGAGGUGGUAGAGUUGGAGGCAGCAGGGGAAGAGGCAGAGAAGGAGGAAGAAGAGGAGGAGGAGGAGGAGGGAGAGGAAAAGCUACUACUGAUAAAAAUAUAAUGCCUAUAAUCAUGUAUUAAAUGUUUUUUGUUUUUA